AUGAACGAGCUGGAGAGAAGGAUAGAGAGGGUACUAGCGAGCCGGAAAGAGCGGGGGUUGUUACGCCGACUUGGUGGGGAUGCGAUAGCGACGGCGACGCCAACGACGGAGCUAAUUGACUUCUCCACCAAUGACUAUCUAUCGCUAUCGCGCAACAAGCAGCUAAUAAAGCGAGUGAAGGGGACACUGAGCGAGCCAACAGUGCAAGUGCUCGGCAGCAAAGGAAGCAGGUUGCUUGACGGGGACAGUGCGCUACACCGCCAAAUCGAAGGUCGUCUAUCCAAUUUUUACAGGGCACCAGAUGCGCUGCUCUUCAACAGCGGUUACGAUGCUAACGUUUCGCUCUUCUCCACGCUACCCGACGCGCACGAUGUCGUUAUCUACGACGAACUCAUUCACGCUUCCGUGCAUGACGGAAUGCGCUCAAGUCGAACACGACACUUGUGGCCCUGCCGCCACAGCGAUGUUAAACAUCUAGCUGAGUUGGUGGGGCGAGCGCGGCAAAUGCCCGGAGCGACGAGCACGUUCGUUGCGCUCGAAUCGGUCUACUCGAUGGACGGCGAUGUGUGUCCGUUGCAGGAGGUUGUGGAGGCUGUGGAGGCGGUACAAGCAGAUGCAGACGACGCAGCAGAGCGCAACGUGCACAUGAUCGUCGACGAGGCACAUGCGACGGGGUACAUGGGGGGAGGGCGUGGGUUGGUAUCGCAACUUGAGCUCGACAAACACAUUUCUGUCAAACUCAACACCUUCGGUAAGGCUCUGUGCGCGGCGGGGGCGGUCGUGUGUUGCACUCCCAGCAUACGACACUACCUCAUCAACUACGCCCGUCCACUCAUCUUCUCCACUUGCAUGUCUAUGUCUAACCUCCACACUAUCGAUGUCGUUCAUCGGUUGUUGGCUCAAGGGGCAUUUACAAAGGAAAUGCACUCACUUGAAGGUAAUUCACGCUAUUUGAAGGGGAGGUUAGGUGGGAUAUGUGGUGUAACUCGUGUUUCCGUUGGAUCUGGUGAAUCUGGUGAAUCUGGUGAAUCUGGGGCAACAAUUGCUCGUAAUUCUCACAAUUCUCCCGGCACCCCUGGAACCCUUGUUGACACACCCAUUUCACCCAUCCUCACGCCUCACUCUAGGGAACUGGCUGGCACGCUUCAGAAGCGGGGGUUUCUAGUGCGGCCAGUGACAUUCCCCACGGUGCCUAGAGGCAGUGACCGUGUGCGGGUGUGUGUCCACGCACACAACACCAAAGAGGAGAUCGACGGGCUAGUACGGGAGGUGGAGAGGUUUAUGGGGAGCAGGAGUGGGAGUGGCAGCAGUGUUAGUAGUCGGAGUAAGCUGUAA